CUGAAGCUGAGCUGUGACUCUUUCUGCUGUUGAAGACUUCAAGCAGAAACCAGGAACAAGCAGCAGAUAGUCAGUCUGCUGCUCAUGGUCUUAGCAGAAUCUGAGUAGCAGUUUCACAGUUGUAACCACCUCCUAAGAUCUGGUGUGAUGCCGUAUUCGUCUCCAUUCCGACUCUGAGUCCCAGGAGGAAUAAACCGUCAGCUCAGACUCUUCUGGAUCCCAGGAAAUCUGCAGUUGGUCAUUUUGGUGGCCAUGAUGAGCGCCGUCAGUCAUGAGUCAUCAAGAACUUGUCCAUCAAGUUGUAGUUGAUGUUUUAGGUCCUUCCUGCUAAAGGAACCCUCUGAGCAGGGAGUCUUUAUUUAUCUGGAAACAUCACGGACUUCUGCAGCAGCUCCAAUGCCCACCAAUCAGUCGUUACCCUGGGGGGACGGGAGUCUCAGGGCAUGUUCUAGUGCACAUAGUGCCCCCGCCGCUACCCUGGUUUCUAGUGCAGCCUUUAAAGGUUCUUUCAGAUACCCUCCCCUGGAGCUCCACAAGGCUAAGAACCAGGACGAACCUCUGUCUUCUACUGCUGUUUCAUCCCUAUCUUCAUCAUACUGUCCUCUCUGGGAGAAAGCAGGAGGGUACAGUUCAAACACCUGGAGUCACCAUGUCGAAUCAAGGGGGUCGGGUAAUCCGGCAGAGCAGCAGAAUGGAAUUCAGAGAACGUCGAAACCAAAGCAAACUGUCAGCAGCGUUGUUUCUGAAAAAGUGGAAGCCCGAACCCUUCAACUUGGAGACGGAUCAGCGUUUGAGGGCAAACAAAGUUCAGCAGAUGAUGUUCUACUAGAGCUUUCCUCAGGAGGUCAUAGAAACCUGCUUGUUGGCGGACAUGCCACCGUGCAACAUAGCACUCUGCCAUUGCCUACGGCUACAGCCUGUUUCUCUUCACCAUCAGUGCCUCAUCUUUGCCUAAAACCUUCGAGACAUCAGGGAUCAAAGUUGCGGAAGAAAACCUCCAGCCACAACGGCACAAAAAAUGAAACAAGAAGCACAAAGAGGCAGGUGAUUUCUCCACGGAGGAGCCAUUUGGCUAAACUGGCAGCGAGGCGCAGCCAGACACCAGCACCUCAUCUAUCACAGACCUCUUUAAACAAUCAGCUGCUAGUGAGAGGUGGUCCUCCAGCUGUCCUGGCAGCAGCUACCAACAACAAACCCCAGGAGGCUGCAUCACCGCCACAGCAGGACUCCUCUUCCUGCAUCGUCCGCCCAGCUGUGCUCUGUGACGACCUGCAGCUGCAGCCCACAGAGCUUCAUGCUGAUGAAGAUGUGGCUUCGUGUCCUGCAGGAGCUUUAGUCGGCUCAGUGACAAAUCAGAUUUCAGCCAUCCACCUCACCAGGGAAGGACGACCUUCCCCCACUUCCACUCAGUCCUCGUCCUCCUCGAUGACAGAAGAGCAGCUGAUGGGCUCAGACUGUAUGAUGCAGGUGGAUGGAGUGGAGGAGGAGCUUCCAGAUGAACUGGAAAAUGCCUGCAGUGAUGAUGAUGUUUCUGAAUGUUAUUCCAUCCAUUCGUCCGCUGCAUCGAUCCCUCACCUCUCCAGCGUUGAGGAGCCGAUGGUUUUGGAAGCAGAGGAUGAUCGGGAGGAGCGGCCGGCGCUCGUCCCUAGUUUGUUUCCUCUCAUUCCGCCCACGCUGUACUUUGGGACAGCCAAUGAGAAAGUGGAGCUGCUGCCUGCUGAACAAAGACGGCUUCUCAAAUGGAAGAUGAGCACCGUUACGCCCAACAUUGUGAAGCACACCAUCACCAGGUCACACUUCAAGGUCACCAGGGAAAACUAUGACUGGCUGGGCUGCUGGGGGCACCACAUGAGGUCUCCUGGCUUUAAGGCCAUCGCAGAGCACCAGAAGUUGAACCACUUCCCAGGAACCUUUCAAAUCGGCAGGAAGGACCGGCUCUGGAGGAAUCUGUCCAAGAUGCAGCUUUGCUUCGGCAAACAGGAGUUCAGCUUUUUCCCACGGACCUUCAUCCUUCCUCAGGACAUCAAGCUGCUCCGGAAGGCCUGGGAAGAAGGAGGCUCCAAGCAGAAGUGGAUCGUCAAACCCCCUGCAUCAGCCAGAGGAACAGGGAUCCAGGUCAUCCACAAAUGGAGUCAGCUGCCUCGCAAGAGGCCGCUGCUUGUGCAGAAAUACCUUCACAAGCCCUACCUCAUUGGCGGAAACAAGUUCGACUUACGGAUCUACGUCUAUGUGACGUGCUACGAUCCGCUCCGUGUUUACGUGUUUUCCGAUGGACUCGUCCGCUUUGCCAGCUGCAAGUAUUCGUCUUCCAUGAAGACUCUGAACAACAAGUUCAUGCAUCUGACCAACUACAGCGUGAACAAGAAAAACUCUGAGUACCAGACCAACAGUGACGACAAAGCCUGCCAAGGACACAAAUGGGCCCUGAAGGCUUUGUGGCACUACCUCGACUCUAAAGGAAUCGACACCAACCUGAUAUGGGAGAAGAUUAAGGACAUUGUGAUCAAAACGAUCAUAGCUUCUGAGCCGUACGUGAACAGCCUGAUGAAGAUGCACGUGAAAACGCCCUACAGCUGCCACGAGCUGUUUGGCUUUGACAUCAUGCUGGAUGAGAACCUUAAACCCUGGAUCCUGGAGGUCAACAUAUCGCCCAGCCUCCACUCCAACUCGGCGCUGGACGUCUCUGUUAAAGGGCAGAUGAUCAGAGACCUUCUGAACCUGGCCGGCUUCAGGAUUCCUCCAAAGGAAGAGGUGGGGUCGUCCUGCAGCAGUGCCUCUAGCUCCACCAGCAGUUUGAAUGGAGGAAACAAAGAGAGGAGGAAACCCAAAACAUCUUCUGAUGAGAAAGUAAAACGUGCCUUUUUCCUCCAACGUUAUGCCAACCAGGACUCUCUGUCAUCAGUGUUGGACAUUUUGACCCCGGAGGACGUCCGCGUGCUGGCAGAGAGCGAAGACGAACUGACUCGACGAGGACAAUUCCAGCGACUUUUCCCUUCCCAGUCAUCGUCACGCUACCUCCGCUUCUUCGAGUGUCCCCGAUACCUCAACAUCCUGCUGGACGAGUGGGAGCAGAAGUUCUGGGGAGACCGGUCAAAAUGUAUCAGCCUCCUGAGAGGCCUCUGUCAGAAGGGAAUCCAUCUUGGAACCAGUGAUCCUGCCCACAUGUGGUCCAAGAGCCCAGGAAUCCCCCCCAGGACUGCCCCCCGGAGGCUACCGAGUCCAUCUAGAUCCAGGGUGGUGGUCAGUCAUCAGACCAACGCCUCUGAUGAGGAUCGCUCAGACCCCGAAUCAGCGUCGGUCUCCUGUCAGUCCGGCUCCCAAAGUCCUGGAUCAAGUAUGACCAGCAGUGCCUAUGCCAGCCCUCAGCACAGCCUCACCCAGAACCGGCUGUCCUAGAACUGACAGAACCCUGGGUCCAUGGAGCUCCUGCGCAAACCGCCCUAAUCCAAGAGCUGGGGGUGUUGUCUGUUUAAUUUAAACAGACUGCCAGCUGAUUUGGCCUUUGGAAAAAAAAAAAAAAAAAAAAAAGUUUUUCUUUCUGGUAUUUAGUGUUUUCAUGGUGCCUCAAAAUGUGGGUCAUCCUACUUUAAGGGAAGAUGACUUGAUGACCCAGCUGCAGUGGACGCAAUCAGAGCUUCAGAACAUGUGGUCUCCUUGGAUCAGAACUUUCCUGCUCUGAUCCGUUCCGUGUCCCAUCAGUGGAGAAACAUGAACUUAUGGUAGAUUUAUUUUGCUGACAAACGUAGGAAGCAAGCUUAAAGAUCUCAAGUGGUCGCCAUGGUAACGGGAGGUGAGAGGAUGCAGACAGAGUUCAGAUUCUGCCUGGUAGAGUCUGCGCUGCUGUGUAUCCUGCUCUGUAGACGUUUUUUCAGAAGGAGAAAUCACUGUGAUUAUCUCUCCCGAGCUGCUUAGCUCCUCACAAGGUGCCAUUUUCCUCCUCUGCCUUCAAGCUGAUGCCUCUGCAAGCUGAGGACAGGAAAUGCUGGGCUCCUGUAUUACCGAAGCCUUUUAGGAGCUCCACCUGUUCUGCUUUGAAUCUAACAUGUUUGAAGACGGCCGUUUAUUUGAGCCCAUUGUGGUUCUUCUAUUUGGGUUUCAGAUGGACGUGCUAACUUCCUAUAGCUGUCAUGGUGAAGGGAAGCAGGAAAACGGCGGGAAACCAGCCGUUCUGAGGCCCCCAAACUAAGGAUGCAAAAAGCUGAACUAGUGCUGAUUAAUGUCUGCAACAGUGUUUACUACAAUUAAACAUUUUUAAAAGUUUUUUUUUUUUUUUUUGUCACAUUUUGUUUUGUUUUUAACCCACUUUGCACACGACUGGUUUCUGGUUUUGUGAAAGCUGCUCCUCCUCAGCAGAACUCUGAGGACAAUGUUUAAUAUCAUCGCAGAACCAAAACCAGUUUUCACUGAUUAAAAGUCAGACUGGAGUGACGUGGCGCUGCCAUGUAGUUACACGUGACGGUCACGGGGGGCGCUGCUGCACAUUAUUAGAGAAUUUUAACCAUCACCUGCCUUAGAGUUGUGCCUUGUGUUUUGUUCCAGUGACUCACAGAAAAGGGUGUCUAACAUCAGGGAGUUUCUUGCUUGAUAAACUAUUUGAAGUGGUUGCUUAGAGUCAGCAAUUCCCCAGUUUGGGGUCUAAACUACUUUUGAACUGACAAGUGUGGAGUAUUAAGACCUUUAGUCAUGAAAAACACAAAAUAUAGCAUUUCAAUAAAAAUGGUACUAACUUCCUGCAUGGGAGAUAAAGAUAAUAUCUUAAAUGUUUAUUGACUUGGGCGGUGAGGGUCAUGAGUGUGUUAUGUGGUGGGAAAUUUAGAGGUUUGAGUCAUCUGGUUAGUUGGUGCAGUGAUCAUCUCUGCAUCUCUUCCUCCACGCUGCCAGCAGGUUCUUUCUAAACUCCCACUUAUUCAGUUUUUUCUAAUAACAGCUACAGAUGUUUGCACAGAAAAGCGUGAAUGGGCUUUAAAUCUACCACCCCAGUGUGUGUCGAGCUGCUGUUGAUUAAAAAAAAUAGAUUUGCUGUAUAGAUUGGCCACCGCUGUGUGACGGGAGCUGUGACGCUCUCAGCUCUGUAUUACUGAUGAUGGAUCUCCUCUGGAUCCGUUUUCAACAAACCUUGUUUUCUUGAUCAAGGCUGUUGUAAAUGCUCAGGAUUAUAAAGAGAAAAUAAAAGUUAUUUGUCAUACGAGUAAAAAUUUGCGGCUC